AUGGAUAUCCAAAAGAGGUUUUCUGCCUGUUGGGACAGUUUUUUGGGGUGUUUUAAAAAAGAGGACCCCUCUCGAGACGAGACCGACGGUGGGGCAAAAUCGACGGUUAUUAAAAACUUGGGCGCUGCUGACAAAGACGAACCGAGCUUUCAUUCAAACAGAAAUUUACCGCCGCUGCCGCUGCCAACACCUCCUGUGGAGUAUUAUGUCGCCCUGUAUGAUUACUCUGCUCGCACAGAAGAGGAUCUUAGCUUCAACACCGGGGAUACUUUAGAGGCCCUGGACAAAAGUGCCGGUGAUUGGUGGUUCGCUAAAGCCCUCACCGGGGUGUCAGCCUCCAAACAGGGAUACAUCCCUGCUAACUAUGUGGCGCCUGUGGAGAGCAUUAAUGCCGAACCAUGGUAUUUCCCUGACACCAAGAGGCAGGAUGCUGAGAAGAUGCUAAUGGCUGGAGGGAACGAGCAUGGAGCCUUUCUCAUCAGAAACUGUGAAAGUCAGAAAGGAGAUCUCUCACUGUCAGUGCUUGACAAUGGGAGGGUAAAGCAUUACAAGCUGAGAAAACUGGACAAUGGUCACUACUAUGUGUCAAGGACCAGAUCCUUUCAAACACUGAAGGAGUUAGUGGAACAUUACUCCCGACAGCCUGAUGGCCUCUGUGCACGUCUGGGUGAGCCAUGCAAAAAGAUAGAAGUUCCACAGACUUAUGGUCUGUCCUACAACACAGUGGACCAAUGGGAAAUCAAUCGUAGCUCCAUCAAGCUACUGAAAAAGCUUGGAGCGGGACAGUUUGGUGAGGUCUUUGAAGGCAUAUGGAAUGAAACCACAUCGGUUGCCGUGAAGACUCUCAAACCAGGCACCAUGGACGCCGAGGACUUCCUGAGAGAGGCUCAGAUCAUGAAGAGGCUGCGGCACCCCAAGCUGAUUCAGCUGUAUGCCGUUUGCACCUUGGAGGAGCCCAUCUACAUAAUCACAGAGCUGAUGACAAACGGCAGCCUGUUGGAGUACCUUCAAAAGGAUAAAGGUAAAACACUGCGUAUCUCAGAUCAAAUCGAGAUGGCUGCACAGGUGGCAUCAGGCAUGGCUUUUCUGGAGUUACAGAACUACAUCCACAGAGACCUGGCAGCCAGAAAUGUCCUAGUAGGCGAGAACAACAUCUGCAAGGUGGCUGACUUUGGCCUGGCCAGGGUUUUCAUGAAAGAAAGUGAAAAUGUGUACGAAGCCAAAGAAGGAACUAAAUUCCCUGUGAAAUGGACCGCUCCAGAGGCCAUCCAUGACAACAGGUUCACUAUCAAAUCUGAUAUUUGGUCCUUUGGAAUUUUGCUGUAUGAGAUUGUGACAUUUGGCCAGAUGCCGUACCCAGCAAUGACAAACUUUCAGGUGGUCCAGAAACUGGCUGAGGGCUACAGGAUGCCAAGCCCUGCAAACUGCCCCAAAGUCUUGUAUGACAUUAUGAAGGACUGCUGGAAGGAAAACGAACAGAACCGGCCUACAUUUGAGACCCUGCAGUGGAAGCUGGAGGACUACUUUGAACAGGAUGUGACAUCCUAUGACGAUGCCACUCGUUAUUAGCACAACUGCCAGGCUGUGAUAUUAGUAAAACAAACAAAAAAAACCUCUUACAAAAUCGUGAAUAUACUGACUGGCUAAUGUAAUUUAAAAGGUCUAAAUAGGAAAGCAGAAUGGAGUUGAUGACAGCACUCCUGGUCUUGUUUUGUUUGAGAAAUGAACGCACUCAAUUGCGUAACAUGUGUGUCUAACCUAAUUCCUACAGAGUGCUUGACUGGAAGACGCCUCUUUCAGCACAGCA